AAUUAACUUGACAUCGUCAUUUGCAUUCCGUUAGGAGCUUUGAAAGAAGUUGAUCACUAUGAAAGAUUUUAUUGCAAUAAGCUUAUCAUUGAUAUCAAGCAUAGCCUACGCUAAUUUGCCAAAACCAAAUAUAUGUGGACUAGAGAAUGCUGACAAGAUUUACCCGGGAAACGUGACAGGAAUCACUAGUUAUCCAUGGGCAGUCAAUCUGGUUUUUCGUGAUACUGGAAGGAACAGUGAUCUAUUCCACUGCGGAGGAAGUCUUAUCUCGGAUCGUCAUGUCCUUACUGCAGCACAUUGCUUCGAUAGUCUUAGCGACGACUUUAAACUUCAACACAUACGUCUGGGCGAAUGGAAUUUCCAAACCGAAUUGGAUUGUGACUAUGAAGAUUAUUGCAAUGGACCGAUUUUGAAGCUAGGUUUUGAAAAGAUUGUUUCUCAUGCUGAUUACAAUAAGAAAACUUUACUGAACGAUAUUGCAAUGGUUAAAUUGAACAGAAGUAUCGAGUUCACUGAAGCCAUUUCCCCAGUAUGUCUACCUUUGAGUGAGGAGCUAAGAAAUAUAAAAAUUGAAAAUACAAGGUUUACAGUGGUCGGAUGGCGGAAUAAUAGGCAUAGAAAUGGAACAUAUGAGCACGCUAGUUCAAUUAAAUUGCACGAUUGGUCAUUAGCUGGAGUUGACCAGGAAUCUUGUAGUAAUAUGAACAGCGAGGCUGUUGAUUUUUCUCAGUUGUGCGCGAUUGGCGAAGAUACAUGCCGUGGCGAUUACCAAGUUUUUAAGUUGGAUCGAUGAAAACAUGGCAGAAUAAGCAGUAAAUAAAUACAGGGUAAAAAAACUAGAAUAAAAUAUAAAUAUUGAUUUUCUAACCUACAUAUAUUUCAAAAAACUUUUUUGUUGUAGAAAGUUCAUUAGGGUGUCAACAAAUUAUCUUUUGUCUGGAAAUUCGAGGACUCAACAAUCAAUUGGUAACAGUGGCGCGGGAAGUGGGUAGGACAGGUAGGACAUGUACUACCCACAAAAACACCUGGGUAGGACAGUCAAAGGGUUGUCCUACCCAUGAUUCAAAAAAAAAUACAAGAUCAGUGGAAUGCAAUUUAUCAUAUGUUCAAUAUACAAAAACACUCGAUGGUAGAUA